GCUCGCGGAACUGGCCUACUGCGGCCGCUGGAGGUGGUCACUGGAUUUGGGCUGGGGGGCUGAGGCGAGAGGCCAUGCGGACGACGAGGGAGUCCAAAGGCCGCAGCCCGGCGCUCCUCCCUCGCGCAGCGGCGGCUCGGAGGCUGCUGGUGUAACCGCUGCCUUUGUUCGGAGCGCCUUGUUCCUCGCGUUGCCCUAGCCCCUCACGCCGCCGCGCUCCGGCCGGCUCGCCCUCGGUCCCCGAACCCUCCUUCGGCUCGUGCCGCGCGGAUGCGGCUGCGGGCCUGGACUUGGGCUUUGAGCGGGAGGAGGAGGAGGAGCAGCGGCGGCGCCCGGGCGGCAUGCGAUGGGGAACUGCUGCUGGACGCAGUGCUUCGGGCUGCUCCGCAAGGAAGCGGGGCGACGGCAGCGUGUAGGAGGCGGCGGAGGAUCCAAGUAUUUUAGAACAUGCUCAAGAGGUGAACACUUAACUAUAGAGUUUGAGAAUCUAGUAGAAAGUGAUGAAGGGGAGAGCCCAGGAAGCAGUCAUAGGCCUCUUACUGAAGAAGAAAUAGUCGACUUACGAGAGAGGCAUUAUGAUUCUAUUGCUGAAAAGCAGGAAGAUCUUGAUAAGAAAAUCCAAAAAGAGUUAGCCUUACAAGAAGAGAAGUUAAGACUAGAAGAAGAAGCUUUAUACGCUGCACAGCGUGAAGCAGCCAGGGCAGCAAAGCAGCGAAAGCUCUUGGAGCAAGAAAGGCAGAGAGUUGUGCAGCGGUAUCAUCCUUCCGGCAAUGGAGACUAUCAAAGUUCAGGACCAGAAGACGACUUUGAAUCUUGUUUGAAAAAUAUAAAGUCACAGUAUGAAGUUUUUCGAAGUAGUAGACUCUCAUCAGAUGCUACAGUAUUGACACCAAAUACAGAAAGCAGCUGCGACUUAAUGUCGAAAACCAAAUCAACCAGUGGAAAUGAUGACAGCACAUCCUUAGAUCUAGAGUGGGAAGAUGAAGAAGGAAUGAAUAGAAUGCUUCCAAUGAGAGAACGUUCCAAAACAGAGGAAGACAUUCUCCGGGCAGCACUUAAGUACAGCAGCAAGAAGACGGGAAGUAACCCUACAUCAGCCUCUGAUGAUUCCAACGGGCUGGAGUGGGAGAACGACUUUGUUAGUGCUGAAAUGGACGACAAUGGCAAUGCAGAAUAUUCUGGAUUUGUGAACCCUGUACUGGAACUGUCUGAUUCUAGCUUAAGCAUAAAGCAGCCUGUUGCAGACCAACAGAUUCGAUAGGAUAAAAUUGUGUAAUCCUGUUAUCAGUUAUGACCAAAUGUUAAAAAAAACCAACUAGAAUGUAUAAAUGUUGUGCUGAGCCUUUUUGUAAGGGGGAGAUAAGAAACCCUGUUGUAAAUGCUUAUUUUAUUAGAAAAGAGUAGGACUGAUAGGCUAGAUCUGAACUGCUUCAGAAUUAAGUGCAAUUUUAUCAUCUGCCUUCUGCUUUUCAAGACCAGCUUAAUGGUCUGUCAUGUUAUCGAUUCAGUUAUUUAACUCUUUAUAGCAUUGCUGUUUGCUCUUGUAUAUUUUCACAUUUAAAAAAAUCUUUUAUUUUACUUUGAAUGCUUUACUAAACCUAUUUCAUAUUUUCUAACUGUGAAAAUGACAAAGUAUUUUUUGUUAAUUCUCAGCAGAUGUGAAGGGGGCAUGAGGAGGGUGGUCAGGUUAUAUCUAGAAUAGUAUUCCCUUUCCUAGCAUUAGUUACUUCUGUGACUUCUUUAAAUUUUGAUAUCUAAUAGCACAAUUAACUUGAGUAGAUGACCAUAAGAAAUGCUGAAAUGUUGCUGUCUUUCUGCCUAUUGCAGAUCCUAGUAUGACGAUGUUGAUUCAGUCUGAACAAAAGAUAAUAUGAUAAAAAUAAACCUUCAGAGUUUGAACAUUUUAAGUUGAUAAUGAAAAAUAGUAUUUAAAAAUGUAUGUAUAUGUUAUUCACUUCCUUUUACACACCACUGUAUUGGCUUUAAAUUAAGUUUUUAGCUGUCAUUUUUUAAAAAUUUUCUGUAUUUCCAAUGAGUAAUCUUAGAAAGAUUUUACACAGAACAUAUCUGAAUAAUUUAAGAAAGGAAAACGUGAAAAGGUAAUACGGGUAUUUCAAAGUAAGUAAAAUCCUUUCUGGUAUGAAAGUUUCCAUCAAUUUUAUUACGUUUUCCUUUGCCUUGUAGUACAAAGUGUUUUAAUGGGGUGGAAUUAAGUAUAUCAAUAUAUGUAAAUGCAUUUUGUGAUAGACAAUUAACUUUUCCCUAAAAUUUAUGUAUUAAUAUGAAAGGCCAAGGAUAUAAAACACUCCCUAAUUGCUUUCCUUGAUUUGGCUGAUGAUCGAGUGUUGUUUUAGUUAAGCAAACUGCGUUUUGUUUUUCUUUAGUAUGUUUUUCUUUGCUUCUCUUGCAAGGGACACUGCAUGUUCUCAAAGACAUAGGAAGGUCCAGAUAUAAAUAGCAACUAAUGUUCUUGCUGUAAGUUAAAAAAAUCAUGUGGCCCUUUCAAUAUUUGAACUGCUAGGUAAUGACAUCUGUAGUUUUUGUCCUUUUUUAAUCUCAUAUAAAUAAAUAUGACACUUUAAUAUGUAAAUAUAGUACAUUAGGUAAUGCUGUUACUUAUAUCUGUCUUAAUUUAAGUUGUGGCUAUGUUGGUGGAAAUAUUUUAAAGGUACUCUAUACACAUUGCCUGUGUUAAUGCUUUGUAAAGUUUAUACACAUGAGAUGUAUAUUUUUGGUUUGGCACAAGCUACUACUGUAAUGUUUCUUGGGUUUUUGUUCAUAAAGAAUUUUCUGAAGGAAUGGUAACUUCUCAAGGAUUGUGAAUAAACACAUUUUUACAUUUAAAGAUAAUAAAGUA